CGACAGUGUCGUAAAUCAUGCCGCAAAGUUACCGCAAAGUGACUCAUGGAAACGAGCCGGCGGACGGGGUUUUGUUUACACUCUUGGGGAGCCAACAGCUCCGGUCAGUUGUCUCGGGGUCAUGUGGAGGACGUGUCUCAGCCCGGGCUGACUGACCCCGCUGCUCUGCAGGAGGCCGUGACGGCGCUCAGCGGCGGCGGGGGUCACACGGCGGCCGUCACAGAAAAUGGAGAGGUGUUUGUGUGCGGACAGAAUCACAGAGGCCAGCUGGGACUUGGCCACAAUGCAGACGUCUCAACUCUUCAACUCUGCCCCAGUCUGAAUCAGAGGGUCACAAAAGUAGCCUGUGGUUGGGAUUUUACUCUUCUGCUCAACGAUUGUGGUCGAGUACUAGCAUGUGGAUCAAAUGCUUAUGGACAACUAGGUGUUGGACAAAACAUCACACACUCUGCAGAUCUACUGGUCAUUGAGAGUCUGGAGGAGCCAGUGGUGAGUGUAGCAGCAGGACUCAGACAUUCGCUAGCUGCUACUGACUCAGGCUGUGUAUAUCAGUGGGGUAUUGGUCUUUUCAGUCAUGCUAGGAGAGCACUCAGUCCACGUCCUGUCCCUUCACACCUCAGCUCUACGGUGCCCUCUCUGGUACCAGGUCUGGAUAAGAAGACCACACACAAGGUGACUGCAGGCUCAGCGCACUGUGUGUGCCUUACAGGAGACGGGGAUUUGUUUCUGUGGGGAAGCAACAAGCGUGGCCAGCUGACUGCUACAGAGCCCUUCCUGUCCUCUCCAACUCUUGUGAAGCGCUCACUGCUGGGAAAAGAGAAAGUUAUCAAUGUGUGGAGCGGCUGGACGCACAUUGUUGCUCAAACAGAGAGUGGGAGAGUGUUUACAUGGGGCAGAGGAGAUUAUGGGCAACUGGGCCGACAAGCAUCGACCAGUCAGAACUCAAAGUGGCCAUCGACUGAUCCCUCAGCAGACGUUGGAAACCAGGAAGCUUGCCUCCCUGCAGAAGUUAAAGUCCUCCGUGGAGCGACACAGAUUGCAUGCGGAUCUGAACAUAACCUCGCUAUUGUAGGCGGGUGUCUCCUCUCCUGGGGCUGGAACGAACACGGGAUGUGUGGAGACGGUUCACAGAGCGACGUCUGUCAGCCACAGCUCGUUUCUGGUCUCAGACCCGUUCUCAUUGGCUGUGGAGCUGGACACUCUAUAGCAAUGUGCGCUGCGACGACCGACUUAAGACAAAACUCUGCAACGACUCCUACUCACUGACCUCGGACCAGGAACAUUUAUUCAUCAUGAGUCAAUCAGAGACGAGAAUUGAUUCACAAUUUUUUUGAAUUAUCUGACUGAUAAAGUGGCUUAUUGGUGCUCUUAUUGUGCCUUAUACUGUAACUUUCACCUUCUAAUAGGCGACUCGAGCUCAUUUUAAAAGAUCAGGCUUCAAACUGCAGUUGUCAUAAAUACUGAUGUUUUUGGUUGGACACAGACUGAGUUAUGUUACAUGUGGACAGAGGCCAUCAUUUCUCUGACCAGCCUCUUACUUUGAUGGACGUGAUUUGGGCUGAUGGCUUUGCAGCACAUGGCCACGCCUAAGGCUCCUGGUCCACCUGCCAGAAGGAAGCCGUUAUGGAUCAUGUGAGGAAUGGGCAGGACUGGUGCUAGAGCUCCAUCUUCCCAUGUCAGCAGUUUUAUUGCUGUGAUAUUGAGUGUCAGAACGCAGUCAAUCUCUGCAGUUCAUACUGAAAAUCUCUUGGUCAUCUCAUGAUUUACCACUCACACAGUAAGUGCAGUACAUUUUUCUUUGGCAACUGUACAUCACUUAUUGAUGCUCUUGGCAGUCUGUGUCAUAUUCUUUGAUGAUCUGUUAGUCUCAUUUGCACUUAAUCCCUCUUGGGGGAAAUUUGCCCGCUGCAUUUGACCCUACUUUCAUAUUUAUAAGCUGUGGGUGGCCGCAGUGCAGCACCAGGGGACCAAACUGCAGGUCUGAAGCCAGUGCUGUAGUCAAGGCCAAUGGGAGGAGUCAGAAGGCUCAUUAAUGCAAUUAAUUCACUUUAUUUGUUUAAAAGUUUUUAUUUUAUCCUUGUGAUUUAUGCAAAUUAUAUAUAAAAACAAUCUGUAUCACUGACAUAUGCGUUAAUGAAAGUUAAUGUGCUAAACCUGGAUUGUUUAGAAAACAAUAAA